AUCAGGGUUGGGGUGGAAUCAGUAAAUCUGGCAACCUGCGCGCUACCGGAGAGGCGCUGCAGCGCUAACAUAAUAUAAAACUGAAAACGCUCCAGAAAAGCAUUCAGCACGGAUUUCCUCUGGGAUAAACGAACCGGCCUGGCUGCUAAAACGAUGCCUCACUCUCGGCGAUACUCAUCUUCUGAGAGGGGCAGCCGCGGAAGUUACAGGAGCCGAUACCGAAGCCGCAAGCACCGGCGCAGGCGGCGCACUCGAACCCGAUCCCGAUCUGGCUCGUCAGGAUACCAGCGGGAGAGGAGUCGCAGCAGGAGCCAUAGCAGAGAGCGCGGAGAGAGGAGAGGAGCCCGCAGGAGAGAAAACAGCUACCAGCUCUCCAGAAGUUAUGAAAAGCGGUCACCUGACCGCAGGCGUUACUAUGACGAUGAGCGGUUGGAGUACAGCUGUGCAGGACGCAAUGUGGCCGACUCCUACUAUACACACACCAGUUUCAGCCGCCGUUCCAAUGAGCGCAGGCACGAGCGAGGCAGCAGGGGGCAGCGUGAGGAGAGAGGCAGCAGGACUGGACGCAGACACCCGCGUCGCAGAACCAGGACGAGAAGUCGCUCUAGAAGCCGCUCUCGUAGCCAGAGCCAGUCUUUAUCCUCGCGAAGUGACAGUCGGGCGCAGGCGUCAGCUGUUCAGGAUGAUGAGGAGGGUCACCUGGUUUAUCGAGCAGGAGACGUGCUGCAAGACAGAUAUGAGAUCGUGAACACGCUGGGAGAAGGUACUUUUGGCAAGGUGGUGCAGUGCAUCGACCAUCACCGGGGAGGUUCUCGCAUUGCUUUGAAGAUCAUUAAGAACGUUGAGAAGUAUAAAGAGGCCGCUCGGCUGGAGAUCAAUGUUCUGGAGAAGAUAAGAGAAAAGGAUCCAGAAAACAAAUAUCUAUGUGUGCAGAUGUUUGACUGGUUUGAUUAUCAUGGUCAUAUGUGUAUCAGCUUUGAGUUGCUGGCCCUCAGCACCUUUGACUUCAUGAAGGAGAACAACUACCUGCCCUACUCACUUUGCCAGGUCCGCCACAUGGCCUACCAAAUCUGCAUCGCCGUGAAAUUUCUCCAUGACAACAAGCUGACGCACACAGACCUGAAGCCGGAGAACAUCCUGUUCGUCAACUCAGACUUCAGCACAAGCUACAAUGCAGAAAAGAAGCGGGAGGAGCGUGUGGUGAAGGACACGGCAGUGAGGGUAGUGGAUUUUGGAAGUGCGACCUUUGACCAUGAGCACCACAGCACCAUCGUUUCCACCAGGCACUACCGAGCCCCCGAGGUUAUUCUAGAGCUGGGUUGGAGUCAGCCCUGUGACGUCUGGAGUAUCGGCUGCAUUCUGUUCGAGUAUUACCUCGGAUAUACACUCUUUCAGACACAUGAUAACAGAGAGCACUUGGCCAUGAUGGAGCGAAUACAAGGACCAAUCCCCUCCAGAAUGAUCCGCAAAACUAGGAAGCAGAAGUAUUUUUACAGAGGCAGGCUCGACUGGGAUGAGAAUUCCUCGGCAGGAAGAUACGUCAGAGAGAACUGCAAACCUCUGCGUCGGUAUCUGUUGUCUGAGGAAGAGGAGCAUCACCAGCUGUUUGAUCUUUUGGAGGGUAUGUUGGAGUACGAGCCUGAGCGUCGCCUCCCUCUCUCCUCCUGCCUGCGUCAUCCUUUCUUCUCCUCUCUGAGAGACGCCGAGCAUUCCUCCAGCAGCAGCCGCAAUGUCAGCCGGUGACCUCCGACCUUUGCUGUUCGUCCUCUACCUCACUUUCUGCUGUUCUUCCUGAGCCAUCCGCCUACUCCACCCCUCUGCCACACGACCCCACCUACUCCUUUCAAACUCUCCGCCUUCUCCGUCCUCACAGCCUCGCCAUGCUGCCUCUGGUGGGAUACUUGGAUCAGUUGAACUGUGAUUUGAUUGACGGCUGCUCCAGCCAGUUGGAACCCUCAGAGGUGAGACAGGGGUCAGCCUGAUGGAUGGAUAGGGCAGAGAUGAGGAACCUUUUGUUUUUUGGGUUUUUUUUUGUUUGUUUGUUUGUUUGUUUUUUUUUAGUCCAGAACUCAUUGCUGACUGGUGGAGGACUAUACUGACCUGUUCACUGCCACCCCAAUCUGAGCGCCAAUCAGAUUAGAGCCUGUCUCAUCUGCCAGCCUUACCCCUUUGAUAGACAGCUCAUCUCUGCCAGCACCAUGGACCAACCUGGCACUUAAAGUCAUUAUACACACACGCACACACCCACACACACAAACUUCAGACCGCUCAGAUCUCUGUGUGUUUUGUUACAUUUUUCUGUCUGUAAUCUUUCACUGUCACACACAGGCUUGCAGUAUUUAUUUUAAGGAACUGACUUGCAUUUUUGUAUGAAAUGAGAUAUAUAUAUAUAUAUAUAUAUGUAAAUACUGCAAAAGCUUCUCUACAAUAAAAUGAUCUUUCUGUAUUCCUCA